UCUUCGAUGGACCAAGUUGAUUAUACUUUCACUAUAUUCUUGGAAACGUUGAAUCCCGCGGCGAUUGUUCGAAGCUUUUAAUUUUCAAGUCGGAGAACUCUCUAUUAUGAUCAUGAUUUUCGACUAUUGCUUCUCGAAGACUUGUAUGAUGCUGUACGUUAUAACGACGAUUUUUACGGUCCACGGAGUAGGAGAUGCGUCGAGCGGAGCCGAUAAACAGAAACCAGUACGAUCAAGACCAGCAGUACGGCACCCUAAGAGGGUGUUACAUCUUAAGAUUAAUUAAGCCUGAUCGGCUUUAUCUUUUCUCUUUUUUUUUUGCAUGCCACAUCGGGGCGCGCUGCUUUUUCCCCAAUUAGUUAUAAUUAAUGACGCGAAGAAUAAGGCGGCCAACGCGAGCGUGACCGCCGCCUUGAAGACUCUGAAGGAGAGAUAUCCGGGUCACCUAGGCAAUGUGUGGUCCGUGCAGAUCGACGAGGACGAAUACAGCGAGAGCCUCGAUACUAUAUGCGACGUCUGGGGCUCGGCCGUCAGCAAAGGCGGCUCUGCCGUUCCAGAUCUGGUCCUGGACAUGACGAAAAUCGGCUUGGGCGCCGAAGCGUCGAGUUCAUUCACCGCGGCCAUGGGAAUCCCGACUUUAUCUGCCCAAUACGGCCAGGAGAGCGAUAUCCGCUACUGGCGAAAUCUGGACCUUGAUCAGAAAAAUUACUUGAUCCAGGUAAUGACACCGAGCGAUCUCGCGCCCGAGGUGAUUCGACAGCUGGCGAUUCAGUUGAGCAUCAUUAAUGCCGGUAUUCUCUUCGAUCAGAAUUUCGUCAUGCAUCAUAAGUAUAAGAGUUUGUUGUUGAACGUGCCGACUAGACACAUCAUCAGCAAUUUGCAGAACUCGACCGAGUCAGUUAUGAAGCAAUUAUCGAGAAUGCGAGAUCUGGAUGUGGUUAAUUACUUUUUAAUGGGUGACAAGAAAUCCAUCGAUAUGAUAUUGGACGCCGCGAUAUCGUUGAGCUUCACCGGACGGAAGUAUGCCUGGUUAAUUUUGAGCUUGAAUGAUGAAUUAUGGCCGAGUUGUCCAUGCGAGAACAUCACCGUAUUGUUCCUGAAGCCGGAAUCGCCGACAGUGGGCAAUCAAAGCCAGGCUGAGUCUAUCGUGAGGACGAUACUCCCGAAACCGCUCAUCACAUCCGCUUUCUAUUACGACUUGACCUUGUUGGGAGUCAACGCGAUGAAGUCGGCCUUGGAUAGCGGUGACUGGCCCUUGGAACCCCGUCAAAUCGAUUGCAACAUCUACAACGAGACGAACACGCCGACGAGGGGCUUGGAUUUUCUGGCUAAACUGAUGGAGACCUCGACGAAUAUGACGCCGACGUACGCCGGCAUUCAUUGGGGUAAGAAAAACGGGGAGCACGGCGCGGACUUUAAGAUGUCCAUAUACCUAGUGAACAUCGAGCAUGGAAAGAUUUCGUCGAAGAUACAGAGUGGAGAAUGGCAGGCGGGUAUCGAGAUGCCCUUGCAGAUUACCAACGAGGACAUCAUGAACAAAAGCGCGGUGACAAGCUACAGGGUGGUUGCCGUUCAGCACCCGCCCUUCAUGAUGUACGACAACGAGACUGAAAGUUGGUACGGUUUCUGCAUCGACCUGCUGGAUGCGAUCCGCGAGACCGUACCUUUCGAAUAUGAAGUGCGCGAGGUGGAAGACGGACAGUAUGGGUCACUGAAAGAGAACGGUACCUGGAACGGUAUGAUAAGGGAGUUGAUAGACAAGCGGGCCGAUAUCGGCCUGGGCUCGCUAUGGGUGAUGGCAGAGCGAGAGAAGGUCGUGGACUUCACCGUGCCUUAUUACGAUCUGGUUGGUCUAACGAUCAUGAUGCAGAAGACGAAGACGUCGACAUCGCUCUUCAAGUUUCUCACCGUACUGGAGAGAGAUGUUUGGCUCUGCAUACUGGCGGCUUACUUCUUCACCAGCUUCCUCAUGUGGACGUUCGACCGUUGGUCGCCCUACAGCUACCAGAACAAUCGCGAGAAGUACAAGGAUGAUGACGAGAAGAGAGAGUUCAAUCUCAGAGAGUGCUUCUGGUUCUGCAUGACUUCUCUGACUCCUCAGGGCGGUGGCGAGGCACCAAAAAAUUUAUCCGGUAGAUUGGUGGCGGCCACAUGGUGGCUCUUCGGAUUCAUCAUCAUCGCAUCCUACACAGCGAACCUGGCGGCUUUCCUCACAGUGUCCAGACUGGAAAUACCCAUCGAGACUUUGGAAGAUCUUAGCAAGCAGUACAAGAUACAGUACGCGCCUACAAUACACUCGCCGGCGUACGUCUACUUCCAGAGGAUGGCGAACAUCGAGAAUCGCUUUUACGAUAUUUGGAAAGAUAUGAGCCUGAAUGAUAGCUUAUCGGAUGUGGAAAGAGCGAAAUUAGCCGUCUGGGAUUAUCCUGUUAGCGACAAGUAUACGAAAAUGUUUCAAGCCAUGAAAGAGGCUGGCUUCCCGAGCAAAUUUUCGAGGAAACCGUGCUGUCCAACUGCUCUGAAGCGAAUUCGACGCGAAGGUCCGUACGCGAAUAACGAAUUCGCCUUUAUCGGAGAUGCCUCGACCAUCAAGUAUCUCAUCCUCACGAAUUGCGAUUUGACUCAAGUCGGGGAAGAAUUUUCGAGGAAACCGUACGCCAUCGCUGUCCAACAAGGAUCACCAUUGAAAGAUCAAUUUAAUAACGCAAUUCUCAUACUGUUGAACAAAAGAAGAUUGGAAAAGUUAAAGGACAGAUGGUGGAAACAUAAUCCUGCGCGAAAAAACUGCGAUUUAGAAAAUGAUCAGAGCGACGGUAUUAGUAUCCACAAUAUUGGCGGUGUGUUCCUCGUAAUUUUUGUGGGCAUCGUCUUUGCUUGCUUCACACUAGCAUUCGAGUAUUGGUAUUAUCGUUAUCGUGCGAAAGUUAGCGACUUACGUAAAGAUCCCAAAAUGUCUCCCAAAACUAAGAUGAUGAAGACAAUCAAGCCGAUAAGAUUCAAUUUAUAUCCCGCUCCCACACAUGGAAAUAAACCGGUGCAAUUUAGAUCGAGAUUUUAAAUUCCGUUACUCAGGGUAUACAUAUGUGAAAUAUAGAAAAUAAGUAUAAAGUUGUCGCAUAAAGAAAUAUGAAAUUAUUUUUAGACAAUGUGUUAAUUUUCUAUAAGAUUUUCAAUACGAUAUUUUUUAGAUUUAUGAAUCUUCAUAGUGAUGUAUCAGUGAAGCGGUAUUGUAAUAUAUGAUAGCUUUGCAGAUCAAUUUGCAUGCUCUUAGCAUAUAUCAUCCCAUACAUGUGUUUGUGGGUUUAGGUAAUUUAUCCUGAAAGGAGAGGAUAUAAUUCGGAAUUUUUGGAUAAAUAAAUUUGCAAAGAGAUAAAAGAUUGCAAAUUUAUGUGUAAUGUUCGCAAUGCCUUUAUUUUGUCCUUUUCCAUACAUUAUUUCGCGCAAAGAUAUUUUUGCUCAUUCCGUUUUUUUCUUAUUUGCACAUCUUUUUACAUCAUUCCUCGAAGACAAAGGGUCAGUUAUAAGUGACACAUUUCAUUCAUUGACAUCCUUCACAAUUCGAUUUUUGCAUAUCCUUCUUAAAUCAUUUCUUUCAAAGACAAAAUCAAUUAUAAGUUAUACAUUUCCUUUCGACAUUCAACAUCUUCCAACAUUCCUUCCUAAGGCAUUUGCAUGCUAGUAACAUUUCUUGUAUUUUUUUUUCUUUUUCUUGCGUACCUUUUUCGCGAGGUAAGCAUGUGUUUUUAAAUUACACGUUUUUUUUACAUGUACAUUCUCAGUUAUUCGAUUUUCUUAGGGUGAGCACAGGGAAAGCAUUGGAUACAAGGAGAUUUGGAAGAUGGGGAGAGGGAAAAGAGGAUGGAGAUGGAGGGAAGGAUUAAUCUUCUAGGGAGUUAAAUUAUAAUUAGGAGAAUACGAGAUUAAGAAGAUAAUCCAUUAAUAAUUACGAAAAACAACAAGAAAAUAGAACAGCACUUUAAUUAAAUACCCGAUUUGCAAAACGUGCAGCUUUCAAAAUAAGUACUCAACUAUUCUCUCGAAUUUGUCUGAUUCCCAACUCUAAUAUCCGUUUUUUUUUUUU